AUGCCAGCUCAAUAUAACGACAACAACACCAGCGCUUUCGUCAACGAAUUCCUUGCGGGCUGGGAUGAUGACGACCCCUUCCGUUCCCCAAGCCCAGAGACGGCCAGAACAAACAAAACAAAUAACAAGAAGCGCAAAGAGCCAGAUACCCUUGGUAUUGACAAAGAAAUCGAUGUCACCAAAAAGGCCAGGGUUCCGCGUGUGAAGCUGGAUGAUGCCAGACUAUUAUCCGACAAGGGCAUUCCAAAGUUGCGAAAGACCUCAUCGAAGUUGAAGUUGAAAGGAAAAGGCCAUGAAUUUUCAGAUGCCGCUCGUCUACUCUCCUUCUACCAGGAAUGGCUCGACGACCUCUUCCCGAAAGCUACUUUCGUAGACGCCCUUGCUAUGUGUGAAAAGGCCGGGCACAAAACUACCCUACGCAAUGCACGACUAAAGUGGAUCGCCGAAGGGAAGCCCAGGUCAACAGCAGUUGAAGAGGAAGAGGAUGGAGACCGCGAAGGACAGCCAUCUGCUCCUACAGAACCCACCAGGAUGGCAUCCAUAUUCGAGAAGGCGACAGGGGCUAGAUCAAAGACACCAACAAUCGAUGAUAAUUCACUCGGAGAUGACGACAUUUACAAUGCAACACCGAGACGAAAUCAACCAACAGCGGCACCUGGAGACAUACCCGAUGAUGACGAGUUGGACGCACUUAUGGCCGAAGCAGAGUCUGGGGCCGCUCCAGGGGCUAGCAAAGCAACAAACAAUGGGGCUGCUUCCGACAGUAUAUUUGGCGGCGGGGCUAUCAACAGGCGCCCACGGCCAUCCGAAGUUCCAGAUGACGAUGACCUGGAUGCAUUGAUGGCGGAAGCUGAGUCAUAUCGGCCGUCCACCACAAACCGCGGCAGCAUCUUUGGAAACGGUAGCGCUUUUGGAGGUGGUAAAGAUAAGCCAGCCAUGGCCGCACCACCACAAGAGGAUGAUGACGGCCUAGAUGCCCUGAUGGCCGAAGCAGAGAUGCACGCGUCUCUCGCUACAAAAACGACGGGAAAAGAGUCCACCAGUAGGGAACAAACCAGUGAGCAGGAUGGAGGCAAAGAUGCACAAAAUGAUGAUGAGGAUGAUCUGGAUGCCUGGAUGGCUGAAGCUGAAGCGUACACCAAGACUGCGAGCAAUCAGGUUGCUCAACCCAAGGAUACGGAUGAUGACUGGGAAGCAGAGGCUGCGAUGGCCGAAAUGCAUGGGUUCUGAAGAGAACCUAAAGCAGCCCUAUCCUGCAAGGCCCAACAACGGACCGUCGCAAUAGUCCUGGGAUCGUAUCUAACGACGUGAUGAUAACGAUGCGCAGUAGUAUACAACUAUUGGCUGAAUAGGCUCUUCAUGGAUGGCUCGGCGGGCAAACUUAACCCUAACCCGCGUAAUGAAACAAUGUGU